AUGGAUAAGCUUUCAUUUGAAGGUGUUCAUUAUGGUAUUGUGAGUCAAAUGAGUUUCAUUUGGCAACAAACUAGGGUACCCCUUGUUGUUCCAAUGCUGAAAAUUUUAGUCUUUUUGUGUUUGACUAUGUCUGUUAUGCUUUUUGUGGAGAGAGUUUAUAUGGGUAUAGUCAUUGUAUUUCUUAAGCUGUUUGGUCAUAAACCUGAGAAACAUUACAAAUGGGAGCCACUUAUGGAUCAUGAUAUUGAGCUUGGAAACUCUUGUUUUCCUAUGGUUUUGGUUCAAAUCCCAAUGUAUAAUGAAAAAGAGGUGUAUCAGUUAUCAAUUGGAGCUGCAUGUGGGUUAUCAUGGCCAUCUGAUAGAAUUAUUAUUCAAGUUCUUGAUGAUUCAACAGACCCAAUCAUUAAGAAUAUGGUGGAGGUGGAAUGUGAGAGAUGGAGAAGGAAAGGGUUAAACAUAAAGUAUGAGAUAAGAGAAAACAGAAAUGGUUACAAAGCUGGUGCUCUCAAAGAAGGAAUGAAGCAUAGUUAUGUCAAACUUUGUGACUAUGUUGCCAUCUUUGAUGCUGAUUUUCAACCCGAGUCGAACUUUCUUUGGCGUACCAUUCCGUUCCUCGAUCAAAAUCCGCAAGUUGGACUAGUUCAAGCUCGAUGGAAAUUCGUUAAUGCUGAUGAAUGUUUGAUGACAAGAAUGCAAGAGAUGUCAUUGGACUAUCAUUUCCUUGUGGAGCAAGAAGUUGGAUCGCUAACUCAUGCUUUCUUUGGUUUCAAUGGUACAGCUGGUGUAUGGAGAAUUUCAGCACUAAAUGAAGCUGGUGGAUGGAAGGAUCGCACGACGGUCGAAGAUAUGGACUUAGCAGUAAGAGCUAGUCUCAAAGGAUGGAAAUUUGUGUACCUUAGUGACCUCAAGGUGAAAAGUGAAUUGCCGAGUACCUUCAAAGCCUACCGUUAUCAGCAACAUAGAUGGUCAUGUGGUCCAGCCAAUCUUUUCAGGAAAAUGGCAAUGGAAAUCAUAAGAAACAAGAAAGUCACCAUGUUGAAGAAGUUUUAUGUGAUAUAUAGUUUUUUCUUUGUCAGAAAGAUCAUAGCUCAUGUAGUCACAUUUACAUUCUACUGUGUCAUUUUGCCUGCAACUGUUUUAGUUCCAGAAGUAGAAGUUCCCAAAUGGGGUGCUGUCUAUAUACCUUCCAUCAUCACACUUCUUAAUGCUGUUGGAACACCAAGGUCAUUCCACUUGAUAAUAUUGUGGAUACUUUUUGAAAAUGUUAUGUCAAUGCAUAGAACAAAAGCAACACUUAUAGGUUUGUUUGAGACAGGUAGAGUAAAUGAAUGGGUUGUUACCGAGAAAUUAGGCGAUGCUCUUAAGACAAAAUCGGGUGGUAAAGCGGCUAGAAAGUCUCAAAUCAGGUUCAACGGAAGACUUCAUUUUCUAGAGCUUGGUGUGGGAGCUUACCUAUUUUUGUGUGGAUGCUAUGAUCUUGCUUUUGGGAAGAAUCACUUUUUCAUAUAUCUUUUUAUGCAAUCUAUUGCCUUCUUUGUUGUGGGGGUUGGCUAUGUUGGUAUCUAUGUUCCUAGUUCUUAA